AAGAUAUAAAAUAAAAUAUGUGUCAUCAGGAUGAAUCAAAUUCAGGAGCUAAAGAGGAAGAAAUAACACCCGACACUUCUAAAUCUAAUGAAUUCCUCGAUGGAGUGUGGUUCUCUAUGAAUCCCAAGAUAAAACAUUGUACGAGCAAUGUUGCCGUUAUGGUUACUCAUCGAUAUGCAUUCGAAUAUAAAAUGUCUCAUGCGCAUCGUGGGCUGGCGAUGAUCUUCAGCCAUGAGAAGUUCAAUAUGAAAGAUCUGCCAUCACGACCCGAAACAGUUAUCGACUGCAACAAUUUAAGUCGUGUACUCAAAAAAUUGGAUUUCGAUGUACAGAUUUACAAAGACUUGUGCUACAAGAAUUUAAGAAAAACAAUAAUAAAAGCUGUUGCCAUGGAUCAUUCGAAUAACGAUUGCAUUUUUGUGGCAAUACUCACGCAUGGCAAAAUCAAAGAUAUCUGUGCUAGCGAUAAUUCCCAUGCGUAUGACAUAAAGAAUGAGGUCUAUGCUAGCGAUCGUUCCUAUGAAUUGGAGAGCAUUUGGGAAUCCUUCUCAGCUGACAAGUGCCCCACACUAGCGGGCAAACCGAAGAUAUUUAUUGUCCAGGCCAGUCGAGGCAAUCUGAGAGAUCCAGGCUAUGUCGUUCGUUCCAAAGGACACAUUGAAACGGACGGUGAUUCGGAGAGUAGCUAUAGGAUACCAACAAUGGCCGAUUUUUUAGUUGCCUUUUGCACAGUUCCCAAAUACAGAUCGUGGAGUAAUACCUUGAAGGGCAGUUGGUUUAUAUACAAUCUAUGCGAUGAGCUGGAAGCCAAUGCCCACUCAAUGGAUAUGCUCAGUCUACUCACCUUUGUCUCCCAGCGCGUGGCCAAUUGUGAGAGCGACGAAACACAGGAAAAACAAAUACUUUGCGUCAUGUCCACGCUGACACGAGUUUUGGAAUUCUAAAAAA